CCUUUCGUGGAGGCGGUGGCCUUCUUCAACCAGGGAGUCGUGCGAUGGACUCCAAUCGGCGGACAGUGGGAGGCGAGGGUGCUUUCGGCGGUGGUCGUCACAUGCAGGACGGGCAUUUGCACACACGGCCUCUGUAUAGCGGCCCAGCGACAAUGAGCAUGCCCCUUUUCAAUGGUGGUCGCCAAUGUGCUUCGCCGGCUGGACGUGCGUGUUUCCGUGCAACGGCGCCCAUGCAGUCGUCCGCGUUCCAUGGAGCAUACGACGGGCAGUUCAGUGAGCACAUGCACGUCGGUCCAGUGCAUGGAGGUCCGCCGGCGUGGGUGUUGCACCAGGUGGACUCGUAUGGUGUUGGUGACCAUGUUGUGCACGGACAUCAGCCUUCCGACGUGUAUGGAGGAAUGUCGUGUGCACAAGGUCCGACCGGCGGUGCAGGUUUCGGCAUGGCGUCACUGUCCGUACAGUCCAUGGGCAUGGGUGGCAGGCCAUGGUCUCCACAAUGUGGGCAGAGCCCGGGGCGAUUGUUCGGGGCAAGGGUUUCCCCGUCUCCAGCAGUUGGUGAUGAUGGAGAGAGUGACGAUGACGGCGUUGCGGAGCAAGGAAGUGUCGAUCCCGUUCGCGAUCAAAGCGAUGUGCUCAACAGUGGUGGAGCGGGCAAGGCGGGUAACGGACGGCCUGCGAACGCUCGUCCGCCGGCUCCGAAGAAACAGAACGUACCAUGGACGUUGGAUGAGCGGAUAAAGCUCGCGAUGUUGAUGGGUGAGGAUGAUGCCCUCAUGGCAGAUGCCCGUGGGCAACACCGUUUCAAGCAAAGGAAGGAGCGGUAUGUUUGGGUGAACGAUAGGAUGAAGGAGGCCGGGUUCAAACAUAGGAGCGUUGAGGACUGCAGGAAGAAAUGGUCGAACAUGAUGCAGACGGCGAAGCUCAUCUGGCAAUUAGAUCAGUCGUCGACGAAGUGCAACAAAACAUUGGCUUCGGAGAACCUAAUGGGGGGGGGGGGAAGCGCAUCGACGAGUGGUAGAUCGGAGGAGAGGUGUGCUGACGAGUCGGACAGUGCUGCAAAGAUCCGGCGAACGGAGAAGGGGAAGGCGAGGAGGGAGGAGGCGAGUACCAUUGCCACGCCGUUGAGCAGGGCCAUGGAGGAUUCCACUCGGUCUUACUGCGAUGGCCUCGACAAAGCGGCCAGUAGCCUGGCAAAAGCCACCGCAGACGUCGGCUCUGCAAUUGCCAGUCGGAUAGAAGACGUGGCCGAAGUGAUGCGCGGUGGUAACAGUGUCCUCGAGUUGCUGGUGGGGGUUCUCGCACGCCGGGGGUCGGACGGAGGGGGUGCAGUGGGGGGUGGGCGGGAAACGGACCCGUCAUUACGAUACGAUGAUGAUGAUGAUGAUGAUGAUGAUGAUGAUGAUGAUGAUGAUGAUGAUGAUGACGACGAUGAUGACGAUGAUGACGAUGAUGACGAUGAUGACGAUGAUGGUGAUGAUGAUGACGAUGAUGACGACGAUGACGAUUGCGACAACGAUGAUUGUCAUGAGGACACAGUUGAUGGUGACAUAGGUCAUGAUGACGAUGGCGAUGACGAUGAUGAUGAUGAUGACGAUGAUGAUGAUGUUGAUGAUGAUGAUGAUGAUGAUGAUGGUGAUGAUGAUGAUGAUGAUGAUGACGAUGAUGAUGAUGAUGAUGAUGACGAUGAUGAUGAUGAUAAUGGUGAGGAUGAUGAUGUCGUCCACGCGGGUGUGAUCGUUGUUGCAUAAAAUUGUUUUUUAUUUGAACAGCAUUGUUUUUCAAUCGAACAACAGUGUCUUGCAAUUUAUUAUUUUCGUUUUGCAAUUAAACAACAACGUUUUGCAAGGGAGAGAGAGAGAGGUUAGAUAGGGCAGGGCGACAGGAUUCACGAGCAAGGAGAAGAAGGGAAUUUCAAUGAUGGAUGAAAAAAAAAAAAAAAAAAAAAAAAAACAUUCUCAUCGAAGAACUUAAGGGAACAAAAAUGUAUGCGGGUCAUUUUUAAAACACUUGAAACAAACGUCUCCGGGGAGC